GCGCGCGCGCACACACACACACACACACACACACACGCAGGGAGAGCGAGUGAGUGAGCGAGCGAGCGAGGGAGGGAGGAGAGGGGGAGGGAGAGACAGAGGCAGCGGAGAGAAGUGCUGGAAGCGGCUCCUGGCUUUUCACAACGGGCUGCCUGGCCACGGCCUCCAUGCUGGUCGGGUUCCCCUCUCCUGGAGGCAGAGACACGGAACGUUCCCACCCUGGAGAUCUGUGCUGGGAGGGGCCAGGCCUCCGGACACCGCCGGCGCCGCCACCACUGACAAAGGGCCAGCUGUGUGUAAGGAGCGAUUCGCGAGGAGACUCCCCCUUCUCCUCCUCCUCCUCGCUUCCCGUCCUCCGUUCUUGUUUUGUUUUCCGUCGAGAGGCGCGGAAACCGGCGAGGUGCUGACGCCGGCUGUUCUCCGUGGGCGAGUUGGAGAUCAUCCCCUUCCUUGAACUUUGAUCUCGCCUCCUGGGGGAAGGAGUGGAUGAUUAAAGGAGACAGGGACCUUUUUCCCAUUGUGCCGUGCUUUCGGGGGGAAACGUUCAGGGAAGGACAGCUUGCGGAGGACGCCGAGGGCCUGAUCCGUGGGCUGCACCUCUGCACCCUGGGAUCUGACUCACCUGGGAGGUGGAACUAAGAACCAGAGCAGAACCGCGGCCCCAAGAGAGUCUGCAGAAGCUACAUGCUGACUGUCAGAUGAAGGUGCAGGUCCUGCAAGAAAGUGAUUGAUUCUUUUUUGGGAACUUUGUCAGAAACUAGAAUCUGCCUGAGCCCCGAGUGAAAAUCUGGUGUUUCUCCUGCCAUUUUCUGCCAAAGAGCCAAAUUGUUUGCCAGUUAGCCGUCCUGUUCUUGCAUAAAUAACCAGUUACAGAUACUUAUAUCUCUUUAAGGUUGCUAGGAACUCGUCCUUCUACGCCGUUAGAACCGGUGCGACCUGUUUCCAAACGCCUGGAUCGCGUUCCCUUAUCUCGCCUGCUCUGAAGGUCACUUGGCCGUUUUUCUGCCUGCUUGCGAGAAUUCGACCGGCGGAAGGAGUUGCGCAAUCGAGCGAGUCCUUCCCUCGAGCGUGGUUUGCAUCCCGAGAAGAGGUCAGGAGGAGCUGAGCUGCAUGCCCGGGCGUCUGCGAAGACGUGCGACGUCACGCUGUGACUGAAGGAGUGAAACAGGAGGGAGUUGCCAGGAACAGGAGGGAGGAGAUACCAGGAGACACGUGAGAGCUGUGGUGUGGGGGACAAACCCCUUUUCGACCGUGUUUGUGUUACUAAUUCCCCACAUCUUAGCCAAUCACUGCUCAAGAACAUCAGUACGGGUGUUUUCAUUAAGCGAGCAGACAGAUGGCGCUGUGACGAGGCCCGGCUGCCACAUUAACCUGAGCCAGCAGGAGAGGAGGCCCCCUGGCCACACGGAGCAAGGCUUGGCCUCCUGGGUAUGGCCAUGGUGAGCGGGGCUUGGGGGAACCCCAAUGGGGACUCGAACGGCCUGGGGGAGAAGGGCUUCCUGCGGGGUGGCCGAGGGGACGGCUCGCCCCACGCAGGAGCCAGCGACCCGGAGGCCAGUGAGGAUGACCGGGCCUGCGUGGUGGACUGCGCAGUGUGCGGGGACAAGUCCAGCGGCAAACAUUAUGGCGUCUUCACCUGCGAGGGCUGCAAGAGCUUCUUCAAGAGGAGCAUCCGCCGCAGCCUGAGCUACACCUGCAGGUCCAAUCGGGACUGCCAAAUUGACCAGCACCAUCGGAACCAGUGCCAGUUCUGCCGGCUGAAGAAGUGUUUCAGGGUGGGGAUGCGCAAAGAAGCAGUUCAGCGUGGGCGAAUCCCGCCCUCACAGUCAGCGUUGAGCCCCACACCUGUGCCAACAGGGGGCACCGUUGGCGGAGCGAGGGCCACGGACGAGGGCUUCGACGGGCAGCCUGUGUCCGAGCUAGUCUCGCGGCUCCUGCGGGCCGAGCCAUACCCCGGGGGGCGCUACGCCCCGGCAUUUGGCCAGGGGUCCGACACCAUGGGCAUCGACAGCAUCUGCGAGCUGGCGGCCCGCCUGCUCUUCAGCACCAUCGAGUGGACACGCGGCAUCCCCUACUUUCCCGAGUUGCCCGUGUCGGACCAGGUGGCGCUGUUGAGGCUCAGCUGGAGCGAGCUCUUCAUCCUGAAUGCUGCUCAAUCCGGCCUGCCACUGCACGCAGCUCCGCUGCUGGCUGCCGCAGGCUUCCACUCCGCCCCCAUGUCGGCCGAGCGAGUCGUGUCCUUCAUGGACCAGGUUCGUCUCCUCCAGGACCAGGUAGAGAAGCUCACGCGCCUGCAAGUGGACGCCGCCGAGUACAGCUGCCUCAAGGCCAUAGCCCUCCUCUCCCCAGAUGCGUGUGGCCUGACGGACCCCGCACAGGUGGAGGCCCUGCAGGAGAAGGCCCAGGUGGCGCUGACGGAGUAUGAGCGGGCGCAGUACCCCAGCCAGCCGCAGCGAUUCGGCCGCCUGCUGCUCCGCCUUCCCGCCCUGCGCGCUGUCCCCGCCGCCCUCAUCUCCCAACUCUUCUUUAUGCGACUGGUGGGCAAGACGCCCAUCGAGACGCUGAUUCGUGACAUGCAGCUCUCCGGCAGCUCCAUCAGCUGGCCCUAUGCUUCUGGCCAAUGAGCUGCAAGCAUGUGGGUGCAGUACUGCCACCUGCUGGAGGACAAGGCACUACACCGGCAGCUCCUGGACAGCGGUCGUCUUGCCAUGCUCCUCAAAGAAGAAUGGCUGGAAGAGGAUUCCUAGUGGACCUUUCUGGGCUGAGGGCCCUGCCUGGCCUCCUGGAGUGUUCAGGCCUUACCUCACACCUAGUCCUUGUGAACACUCACAUUCACGUGAGGCACUGAACAAAUGACUUCCUGUGCUUCACACCACCAUAUAUCUGGAGUCAUUAUUGUGCAGAUUCCAUGACUAAAAAAAAAAUAUCACCAAAAUCAAAUAUGAAGAAGUAGAUUUCCUUCUACAGGUAUAUAAGGCUUUUACUAUGUUGUGAGUUUUAACUUGUUGUAAACACAUUUUUGCUUCUUUCAAAAGAACAUACUGCUCAAAUGAGAUCUUUUGUUUUAAAUGUCUGAUCCCAAGGUGGUUGCUUAUCCAGCCACUGCUGGCGUUCAUUGCUGUUUUAUGUAGGUCCCUGUAACAUGUAAACGUUCCACUCUUGGACGUAUCAUUCCUCUCCGCCCCCGAGGCUCUGUGCGCACACAUUGCGGGGCACGGCGGUAUGUCCUUUAAACAGCAACCUUAUGCUAAGCAUCAGAAUGUGACAUCAUUCAGCUCAGUGUCGGCUGGGACCUGAAUGAUGCUGGUGUGUUCUUAGGGCCAGACUACAGGUGGCAGUAGCGAGCAGAUAUCUGGUCUGAGCGUAACAACGUUAAAGUGGAAUGCAGUUAUGACCAAAUCAUUUACUACGUCUGUAAAUUAAUGAUACAUUGUCUGAUAAGCAAUAAAGUUUCUUUUACAUGUUAGCUGACAUGUCACCAAUUUAUUGUAACAUCAGUAUAUCAUAUGAUACAGCUUAUAAAAAUAUUUGAUUGUAUUUGGUGCAAAGCAUUGAAUGGAAUGAUAUGUUAACGAACAUACCUGGUCCCUGAUUAAGAAAUAAAUACACCAUUGUAGGAUUAAAAGGAAAGUGGCAAACA